CUUAUGACAUUGGCGGGACGCUGGCGGCACGGUGAAUAAUUGAAAAAAAGACAAUUAGAUUUUCUAAAAAAAAUACUAAUUAUAGUUGUAAAAUUGAGUUAAUUGUCAGAGUAUGGGUGAUAAAGGAGAUGCUGAAACGUUCGAUGAUGCGGUUGAGGAACGCGUCAUCAACGAAGAAUACAAAAUAUGGAAGAAAAACACUCCGUUCCUCUAUGACUUGGUGAUGACCCACGCAUUGGAGUGGCCCUCCCUAACAGCUCAAUGGUUGCCUGACGUCACGCGUCCCGAAGGCAAAGAUCACUCGAUUCACCGUCUCAUCCUUGGCACUCACACAUCCGAUGAACAGAACCAUUUACUGAUCGCUAGCGUGCAGCUGCCCAAUGAAGAUGCUCAGUUCGAUGCUUCCCACUAUGAUAAUGAAAAGGGGGAAUUCGGAGGGUUUGGAUCUGUGUCCGGGAAGAUCGAUAUUGAGAUCAAAAUCAACCAUGAAGGGGAGGUGAAUAGGGCAAGAUAUAUGCCGCAGAAUGCUUGUGUCAUCGCCACUAAGACUCCAUCCAGCGAUGUGUUGGUGUUCGACUAUACGAAGCACCCGAGUAAACCGGAUCCCAACGGCGAAUGUCACCCGGACCUGCGUCUCCGCGGGCACCAAAAGGAAGGUUACGGUCUCUCUUGGAACCCGAACCUGAACGGGUACCUUCUCUCCGCCAGCGAUGAUCACACCAUCUGCCUGUGGGACAUCAACGCCACGCCCAAAGAAAACAGGAUCAUCGAUGCGAAGACAAUCUUUACUGGGCACACUGCUGUCGUAGAGGACGUCGCUUGGCACCUGUUGCACGAGAGUUUGUUCGGAUCAGUGGCCGAUGAUCAGAAACUCAUGAUUUGGGAUACCAGAUGCAACAACACAAGCAAACCGUCUCACACAGUCGACGCCCACACAGCAGAAGUCAAUUGCCUGAGCUUCAAUCCAUACUCUGAAUUUAUAUUAGCUACAGGCAGUGCCGAUAAAACGGUGGCUCUUUGGGAUCUGAGAAAUUUGAAAUUGAAACUGCACAGCUUCGAGUCGCACAAGGAUGAGAUCUUCCAGGUUCAAUGGUCUCCCCAUAACGAAACGAUUUUAGCGUCUUCGGGUACAGAUCGCAGGUUGCACGUUUGGGACUUGAGCAAAAUUGGAGAGGAGCAAAGUCCUGAAGAUGCUGAGGAUGGUCCACCAGAAUUGCUUUUCAUCCAUGGGGGCCACACAGCAAAAAUAUCAGAUUUCAGCUGGAACCCUAACGAACCGUGGGUCAUAUGUUCUGUAUCAGAAGAUAACAUUAUGCAAGUUUGGCAAAUGGCCGAGAAUAUUUAUAAUGAUGAAGAACCUGAGCAGCAAGCAUCCGAUAUCGAAGCCGUUGCAAAUUAACUUUCUGUGUUUGUUUUUUUGAAAAAUAUUUUUUAAUUUAGGAAGUGUACUCCUUUUUUAUAUUAAAUGUGUUGGUACAAAA